GGCCGAAGGGAGUGGGGUGGAGCUCCACGCGUCCGGGCCGGCUGCUGUUUUUUCCUCGUAGGGUCCUAGGGGUUCCCGCCACCGCCGUCGCCACCAUGAGCCGCAGCUACAACGAUGAGCUGCAGUUCCUGGAGAAGAUCAAUAAAAACUGCUGGAGGAUCAAGAAGGGCUUCGUGCCCAACAUGCAGGUUGAAGGAGUUUUCUAUGUGAAUGAUGCUCUGGAGAAAUUGAUGUUCGAGGAACUAAGGAAUGCCUGUCGGGGUGGUGGUGUUGGUGGCUUCCUACCAGCCAUGAAGCAGAUAGGCAAUGUGGCAGCCCUGCCUGGGAUUAUUCACCGAUCUAUUGGUCUUCCUGACGUCCACUCGGGCUAUGGAUUUGCCAUUGGGAAUAUGGCAGCCUUCGACAUGGAUGAUCCAGAAGCCGUGGUUUCCCCAGGUGGCGUCGGGUUUGACAUCAACUGUGGUGUCCGCUUGCUAAGAACCAAUUUGGACGAAAGUGACGUCCAGCCUGUGAAGGAGCAGCUUGCCCAGGCUAUGUUUGACCACAUCCCUGUUGGGGUGGGAUCAAAAGGAGUCAUCCCGAUGAAUGCCAAAGACUUGGAGGAGGCCUUGGAGAUGGGUGUGGAUUGGUCCCUAAGGGAAGGCUAUGCCUGGGCCGAGGACAAGGAGCACUGUGAGGAGUACGGAAGGAUGCUGCAAGCCGACCCCAACAAGGUCUCCGCCAGGGCCAAGAAGAGAGGCCUUCCUCAGCUGGGGACCCUGGGAGCAGGCAACCACUAUGCAGAAAUUCAGGUUGUGGAUGAGAUUUUCAAUGAGUAUGCUGCUAAGAAAAUGGGCAUCGACCAUAAGGGGCAAGUGUGUGUGAUGAUACACAGUGGAAGCAGAGGCUUGGGCCACCAAGUAGCCACAGAUGCACUGGUAGCUAUGGAAAAGGCUAUGAAGAGAGACAAGAUCAUAGUCAAUGACCGCCAGCUGGCUUGUGCUCGCAUCUCUUCCCCUGAGGGGCAGGACUACCUAAAGGGAAUGGCAGCGGCUGGAAACUAUGCCUGGGUCAACCGCUCUUCCAUGACCUUCUUAACCCGUCAGGCUUUUGCCAAGGUCUUCAACACAACGCCCGAUGACCUGGACCUGCAUGUGAUCUAUGACGUUUCUCACAAUAUUGCCAAAGUGGAGCAGCACGUGGUGGACGGAAAGGAGCGGACGCUGUUGGUGCACCGGAAGGGCUCCACCCGCGCCUUCCCUCCUCACCACCCGCUCAUCGCUGUCGAUUACCAACUCACUGGACAGCCCGUGCUCAUUGGCGGCACCAUGGGAACCUGCAGUUACGUUCUCACGGGCACUGAACAGGGCAUGACCGAGACCUUUGGGACAACCUGUCAUGGAGCGGGCCGUGCGCUGUCCCGAGCAAAGUCUAGACGCAAUUUAGAUUUCCAGGAUGUCUUAGACAAAUUGGCAGAUAUGGGAAUCGCAAUCCGUGUGGCUUCACCCAAACUAGUUAUGGAAGAGGCUCCUGAGUCCUACAAGAAUGUGACCGAUGUGGUGAACACCUGCCACGACGCCGGAAUCAGCAAGAAGGCCAUCAAGCUGAGACCCAUCGCUGUUAUCAAAGGCUAGGCCAUUGCCCCCCACCCCGGGCUUCUGGCCUCACUAAUAACCUUAGCAAGGUGCAAGUAGACUGAAACAGUCUUCAGACGUGAGAGCUGACAGGUUCGCCUGUGUAGCUCUGCCACCAUGCCACGGUGGCUACAGAGGACUGCCGUACCUGGGAGCCACACUGCUCCCGGGGGACAAGGAUGGACUGCUUCCUCCACAGCACACCACCCCUUACCUGCCAUAGGUGUCCAAAAGAUCCUACUAUUAAACAUGAAGGUUUGGGACUGUG